UUUGUCUGCACGUGAGCCGUUAGUGGAAGAAGCAGGGGGGGGGAAGGCUGGAGGAGAAAGAAAAACGUGCAGAAGGCCUGUUGGCUUUCCAGCUGCUCCCAGGCUCCUCUGAUGGCAUGUUCUGUCGGUGUGAGCGCUCCUCCCCGUGUUGCACGCCGGCGUUUUGUUGGGUUUGGGUGUUUUUUCUCCCCCACCCCCUUUACUCCGGCUCUGAGCUGUUGAGGAUGGAUGUUGCAGCGGUGCGCUCUGGACCGCAGCCAGUGUCUGUCUGAGAGACCGUUAGCCGGGCGAUGGGAUGUGGUAGCAGUGUGGAGCUCCUUACAGACACACGCGCGCACACGCACAGAGGGAGGGGAAAGGAGAGGAGAAAAGGGCCGUGCCUGAAUUCUAGCAAACCACAGAGGAGGAGGUACAGAGAAAUGGAUGCUGCCUGUUAGGCCAAAGGCCUGCUCACGCUGGAUUUAAUGGGAUGCUUUUUCCUGUGGACAGUCUGGUUAACAUCUGAAGCGCGGCUGCUGCUGCUGAGGUGAAGGAAAAAGAUGACGGAGGGCCGCCGAUGUCAAGUGCAUCUCCUCGAUGACAGGAAGCUGGAACUUCUUGUGCAGCCAAAGCUUUUGGCCAAGGAGCUGCUUGACCUGGUGGCAUCUCAUUUCAACCUGAAGGAGAAAGAAUACUUUGGCAUUGCAUUCACGGAUGAAACGGGACAUUUAAACUGGCUUCAGCUGGACCGGAGAGUACUGGAACAUGACUUCCCCAAGAAGUCUGGACCGGUGGUUUUGUACUUCUGUGUCAGGUUCUACAUUGAAAGCAUCUCUUAUCUAAAAGAUAAUGCCACCAUCGAGCUGUUUUUCCUGAAUGCAAAGUCCUGCAUCUACAAGGAGCUCAUUGAGGUAGACAGCGAAGUGGUGUUUGAAUUGGCUGCAUACAUCUUGCAGGAAGCGAAAGGAGACUUCUCAAGCAAUGAAAUUGUAAGGAGCGAAUUAAAGAAGCUUCCAGCUCUCCCAACACCAGCACUGAAGGAGCAUCCAUCCUUGGCUUACUGUGAGGACAGAGUCAUCGAGCAUUACAAGAAGCUGAAUGGACAGACAAGGGGCCAAGCAAUUGUAAAUUACAUGAGCAUUGUAGAGUCCCUCCCGACGUAUGGAGUCCAUUAUUAUGCAGUGAAGGACAAGCAGGGAAUUCCUUGGUGGUUGGGACUUAGCUACAAGGGGAUCUUUCAGUACGACUACCAUGACAAAGUGAAACCAAGAAAGAUCUUCCAAUGGAGGCAGCUGGAGAACCUGUACUUCAGAGAGAAGAAGUUUUCCGUGGAAGUUCAUGACCCACGCAGGGCAUCUGUGACCAGGAGGACGUUUGGGCACAGUGGCAUUGCUGUGCAUACAUGGUACGCCUGCCCCGCACUCAUCAAGUCCAUUUGGGCUAUGGCCAUUAGCCAGCAUCAGUUCUACCUGGACAGGAAGCAGAGUAAGUCCAAGAUCCAUGCUGCAAGAAGCCUAAGCGAGAUUGCGAUUGACCUGACGGAAACUGGAACACUGAAAACCUCGAAACUAGCCAACAUGGGGAGCAAAGGCAAAAUUAUCAGCGGCAGCAGUGGGAGCCUCUUGUCAUCAGGUUCCCAAGAGUCGGAUAGCUCUCAGUCUGCCAAGAAGGACAUGCUGGCUGCCUUGAAAUCCAGGCAGGAAGCGCUGGAAGAGACGCUACGCCAGCGACUGGAGGAGCUCAAGAAGCUGUGUCUCCGAGAAGCGGAGCUCACAGGAAAGCUGCCCAGAGAGUACCCCCUCGACCCAGGGGAGGAACCACCCAUCGUACGGAGAAGAAUAGGGACUGCCUUUAAACUGGAUGAACAGAAAAUCCUGCCGAAGGGAGAGGAAGCUGAGCUGGAGCGUCUGGAGAGGGAAUUUGCAAUCCAGUCCCAGAUCACCGAGGCUGCCCGACGCCUAGCCAGUGACCCCAACGUCAGCAAAAAGCUGAAGAAGCAAAGGAAAACCUCUUACCUGAAUGCACUGAAGAAACUGCAGGAGAUUGAAAAUGCCAUCAAUGAGUAUCGUAUCAAAUCUGGGAAAAAGCCAACGCAGAGAGCCUCCCUGAUCAUAGAUGAAGGAAACAUUGCCAGUGAGGACAGCUCCCUCUCAGAUGCCCUCGUUCUUGAGGAUGAGGAUUCUCAGGUUACCAGCACCAUAUCCCCUUUACAGUCACCUCACAAAGGACUCCCUCCCCGGCCGCCCCUGCAUAACAGACCACCUCCUCCGCAGUCCCUGGAGGGGCUCCGACAAAUGCACUACCACCGGAACGACUAUGACAAGUCCCCGAUCAAGCCCAAGAUGUGGAGUGAGUCGUCCCUGGAUGAGCCCUAUGAGAAGGUCAAAAAACGUUCCUCGCAUGCUCAUUCCAGCAGUCAUAAGCGGUUCCCCAGCACAGGAAGCUGCGCAGAGGCUGGAGGAAGCAGCUCCCUGCAGAACAGCCCCAUCAGGAGCCUCCCGCACUGGAACUCCCAGUCCAGCAUGCCAUCCACGCCAGAUCUACGGGUACGCAGUCCACACUAUGUCCACUCCACGAGGUCAGUAGACAUCAGCCCUACCCGACUGCACAGCCUAGCUCAGCACUUUAGACACAGGAGCUCCAGCUUGGAGUCGCAAGGCAAACUCCUCGGCUCAGAGAACGAGACGGGGAGCCCCGAUUUCUACACCCCAAGGACUCGUAGCAGUAAUGGCUCCGACCCCAUGGAUGACUGUUCCUCCUGCACCAGCCAUUCCAGCUCUGAGCACUACUACCCUGCUCAGAUGAACCCAAACUACUCCACGCUGGCAGAGGACUCCCCCUCGAAAGCCAGAGAGCGGCAGAGGCAGCGACACAAGUCAGCGGGGAACUUAGUCUCUUCAAAUUCAGGGAGCAUGCCCAACCUGGCUGCCAGGAAUGGAACAGGCCACCAUGGGGUCUACCUGAACAGCCAGAGCCAGCCGUCCUCUCAGUACAGGAUCAAAGAGUACCCCCUGUACAUCGAGGGCAGCUCCACACCGGUGGUGGUGCGGAGCCUGGAGAAUGACCAGGAGGGGCACUACAGCGUGAAAGCACAAUUCAAAACGUCCAACUCAUACACGGCGGGGGGGAUGUUUAAGGAGAACUGGCAUGCGGACGAAGUGGACUCGGUGAGACUGACCCCUUCCCGGUCUCAGAUCAUAAGGACUCCGUCUCUGGGUAGAGAGGGCCAUGAGAAGGGCUCAGGCAGGACUGCCGUGUCAGACGAACUCCGGCUGUGGUACCAACGGUCCACAGCCUCCCACAAGGACCACAGCCGCCUGUCGCACACGAGCUCCACAUCCUCAGACAGCAGCUCCCAGUACAGCACAUCUUCUCAAAGCACCUUUGUGGCGCACAGCAGGGUAACGAGGAUGCCUCAGAUGUGUAAAGCAACAUCAGCUGCCUUACCUCACAGCCAGAGGAGCUCGACACCAUCUAGCGAACUAGCAGCUACGCCACCAAGCAGCCCCCACCACAUCCUGGCAUGGCAGACUGGGAGCUACAAUGAUAGCUGCUUCCUGGAUGCUCCCCUCUAUCCAGAAUUAGCUGAUGUCCAGUGGUAUGGACAGGAAAAAGCCAAGCCUGGGACUCUAGUGUGAACCCCUGACCUCAAUCUGAUCACAUCAAUGCCAUUUUGAGAUCACCUCACUGCCUCUUCAUUUGCCUUACCCAGAUGCACUGUCACCCGGCACCAGCUUCAACUCUAAGCACUUUUCUCGAAAACAUGAUCAAGGAUAACACUACCAACCACCGACCCCACAACUAGCAACAGAUCUCAGUAUUUCCAACCAGAUUGCCACGGACUAGUAGAUGCCUCCUGCAGCCCCAAAGGGCAUAGGUGACACAUGAAUAACUACACUAGUCAGCCAGGUAGUGAUUAAUUUAAACAAAUCAUGAAAACCUUUCAAAGUCUAGGCACCAGCCUAGUGUUCUGUGGCAGGUAUAAAGAGUAGGAUUUCUCCAACCCAUGAGCUGAUGCCAACACAGCAUCAGUAGAAAGGUUGGGGAGACAACAUUUGCCAAGUCAAUCUCUUACUCCUGAAGUAUUUCUUCUCUGAAGAACUGUAAAGAAAAGCUUGUCCCUUCACAGACAUGUCAGAAUAUCACAUCCAGUUCUGUGCUGCCAAAGAUCCCCCUCAAAAAGGCAUCUAGUCAAGCAUGCUUAGCAGUUUCUUGCCACAAAAAUCUCUCUCAUUUAAGCCUAUUUCCAGACACAGCAGUUUGCUAUUUGGAAACGGUUUUAAUCUUCCUUCAAGCCCUGCCAAAAACUUGGCAUACCCCAACGUGAUGAAGACACACUGGAGGGUGGGCUGGGAUUGAUAAUGCAAUCUUGAGAAGCUACUAUUAAAACAGGACAGACAAGAAGGUUGACCAGGCUAUGAACUAAAGCAGAGGCAAGUACUGCUGGCUCUUAGCUGGCACAGACUACCACAGACACAGCUAUUUUUUUUUUUUUUUUGGUUAAUAAUUUGAUAAGGAAGGUGACAAAUUGCCAAAAGCCAUUACUGGACUAGAACCAACCAAUCAAUUAUAGCAGAUUUAUGCACAAAGUGGUUAACAUGAAAUCAAAAGGAAGCACAGCCUGCUUUGACAUACAGCUGCAGUCACAAAACUGUUCAGCUGGUUUCAUUCGCUAACGCCAGUGUAGCAAAGGGCUCGUCACCAACAUAUCACUGUCCGAGAGGAGCCAGUCCACCAUUACGGGAGGGCCCCAGUACUAGUGUGUAGCAACAAGCAGACUAGGCAACAUUUUCCAAUUACAAGAAGGGACCAUAAGAAAUCCAAGCUUAUACAUUACUAACUCUUCCACGUUCCACGCAAAAUAGAGCCGUUUACCGAUACCAAAAGGAAAAAUGCAUGAGAAUGAGCGACGGAAGGAGCUGCAAGUUUACACAGACUUUUGAGCAAUGCUUUAUACAGGUCAAGCCAUUGAACUACAAAGGCCUCAAAGACACUUUUGUAAUGAACACGUGCACAAUCUAGGUGGGUGUUGAAGCUGGCACAUCUAGUCUUCACUACGGUGCUAUGCUGUUUUUAUUGCCACUAGAUGGGAGUGGGGCUCCUGACCCCGUCUCUCAACUCGUGAGUGCAGAUGACGAUGAUUUCCUAUGGGAAAGGCAUUAACAAAAAACGGCUGGAGGGGGUUACGGUGUGAAAAGCAGAGACUGAAGGUAGCUUUAGUUUUAAAAAGAUAAAAACACAGUGUGAGUGUGUACGAGUGUAUGUGUGCAUGUGUUUUAAGAAUAACAAUAGAGUCUACCAGACAAGGAGGGCAAGAAAUUGAGACACCCCAACUUGGAGCUGCCACACCUUUUUGCAACAGUAGUGCCAGAAAAUUGUGCUGUAUGAAACGAUGAAAUGACUGGACUGCUGCAUAAGCAGACCUGGAACCAUAAUGGGCUUUUAUGAACACUCGCCAUUAUCAUCAAUGCUUUUCCCUGCAAAGUUAAUCAUGUUUAUUUGAAUACUUAGAGUGAAUCCACACCAGCGAGUCUCUGUAGGGUUUGGAGUGGGCAGUGGGAUUUGAAGAUGAGGGGAAACAGGCACUAAGAGGUUAAGUGACUUGGCUCCGUAUCUCAUAGGCAUUCAAUGGUGGGGCCAGGAACAAGCCACAGAUCUAAUUUCCACGCUCUAACCAUGAAAAUUACUUCUCCAUAAACUGACAUUUUAACACUGCAAAUUUAAAAAAAAAAAAAAAACACCCCUGAAGCAUGCAUUAAUCUUUCCAAACCCAAAGUCUGUAGAAAGCUAGAAUUCAUUACACUUGGAAAUAAAACCAUGUUUGAAAAUAAUCAUGCGUAUUGCUAACCAAGUGCUAGACAGAACUGACAGCGCAAGCUAGUCCCCAUUCUCUGAAAGGGCAUUGCACCAUAUGGUUUUGUCUUUCCCUCUCUGUAAAUUUGGAUUGCUAAUGAGGGAAUUAUUGCCUCCUCCCCCCAGUUACUUUUGAGAGGGGAUAGCACCAAUUAGUAAUGGUAAUGGUAGUGCCAUUUGCUGGUAACUAAUCUUUCCAAAGAUUAAAAAGGCCCAAAUUAAUCACCAA